AUGUCGGAACCCGCGGUCGCUGAUACUCGCCGGUUAAAUUCCAAACCACAAGAUCUAAGUGAUGCUUAUGGCCCCCCUAGCAACUUUCUUGAAAUUGAUGUGUUUGACCCUCAAACUGUUGGAGUCGGUCGGAACCGUUUCACCACUUACGAAGUGCGAACGCGGACAAACCUGCCUAUAUUCAAAAUGAAGGACUCGUCCGUCCGAAGAAGAUACAGUGAUUUUGAGUGGUUGAAGAAUGAGUUGGAGAGAGACAGUAAGAUUGUAGUACCACCUCUUCCUGGGAAAGCUCUGAAAAGACAGCUACCUUUCCGCGGGGAUGAGGGCAUUUUCGAAGAGUCUUUUAUCGAAGAAAGGAGAGUUGGUCUAGAACAGUUCAUUAACAGAAUUGCAGGCCAUCCUUUGGCCCAGAAUGAAAGGUGUCUCCACAUGUUCCUACAGGAGGAAACCAUUGACCGAAACUACAUUCCUGGAAAAGUACGUCAGUAGGGGAAACGGGAAAGUGGUGUCAGCUGAUGAAGAAAGGACAACUCCUCCUACACAGUUUUCAUUGAAUCCUAGAUGCAGAGUAGCAUUUAUUUUUACACUAAGAGAUAUA